GGUGAUUUUGAGUGCCCCGCGGAGGGGUCUCAGCACUCAGCUCUAGUGACAAACUUGGGCGGGCGGGGGCGCUGCAUGUGAGGGCAUGGAGCUAGAAGCCGAUGAUUUGCAGCCCGCCUCGCGUCGGAAGGAUGAGCGGCGGCCCAGCAGUUUGUCCGUGAUGAGCGAGAUCUUCGAUGAAGCCGCGUCGGAUCUGCUGGAGCCUGACCUACCCAGCCACAGCCAGGAGAUGCCUGCCGACAUGCAGGCCUUGUUUGGAUCGCUGGAGUCGCUGGCAGAGGCGGCGUCUCAGCUGAUCCUGGGCGGCCAGGUGGACCAGGCGGUGCAGCUGCUGGAGGAGGCUUUUGCGCCGGUGGGGCAGGAUGGCGGCCCUGAGAUCGCCAUGGCGGGCGUGGGCGUGCAAGUGCUGCUCUGCGCAGGCCUCUCCCAGGCAGGUCGGCACCAGGAGGCGGUGGACAUCGCGCAGAGGGCGGUGGAGAGCGCGGACGAGGUGCUCGCGCACCUGGAGGAUGCCAAGGAGGCAGACGAGCAGGUGCCACGGAAGGUGCUGCACCGGGCCAUUGAGUUGGCGGUGCAGGCGCGGCAGUGCCAGGCGGUGGAGAUGGAGUUUACCGGGCCGGAGGAGGUGGACUUCUGGCGCCAGCUGCUGGCGCUGCACGAGCAGUGCGUGCGCCUGGCCCAGCACUUGCCGCAGGGCAGCUGUGUGCGGCUCCGUGCCGAGCAAGCGAAGCGGGAGUGGCAGAUGCGCGCGGCCGGCGCGACGCUGCCCAAUCUCUCGCCAUCGAGCUCCAGCUCCCAGGCGUGGCGAACUCAGCUGGGGGUGCCACCGGUCUCGGCCCUGAGGAGGUCCGAUGCCGGGGCGGGCCUGCAGAAGCACGAGCGGCUCCAUCAAGGGAUCCCCCCGCCGGUGGACCUGGAGUUUGAGCGCUGGCGCAGGAGGCCGAGUGCCCGCAGCUCCACCAUGCCAUCUCUGGGUUCGGAGCCGACGCUUCCAGAGGCGAGCUCCACCUGGUCCGAAUCAACGACGCUCCCUGGUGUGAAGCCCUGGAGCAAGAACCUGUUGCCCCCGGGGGAUCUCUACGUGACCACCGCGCUGCCGAAGAGCGACCUGCCCCGCAACGCCGCGUGGGCUUCCACCAGGCGCGUGCCAGUGCUCUUCUCCAUUCAGGGCACUGAGGGCAAAGCCUCCUGGGCUUUGAGGACGGUGCGGCGCCGUGAUCGAGCUGCGGAAAACGAGAAGAAGAUCAACGCGUUCGAGGACUGGCGGAAGAAUGGCUCGGGGCCGAAGAUGCGGCUCACGGACCAGGUCUUGCAGACUGACAAGGGCAUCCAGUACUUCCAGGGCAGCCUGAAGAAGCAGAGCUACCGCUUCAAGAACUUCUGGAUGAAGGACAUGGUCACCCACGAGGACCUCUAUGAGGAUCGCACCUUCUUUUGCUCCGAGGGCCUCCGCGUGUUGAAGAAGAAUCCGCGCCGGCAGGCGCGGCCCGUGUCCCCGACCAAGCCCGAGGCGAAGAAGCUUUUCAGCCACUACGGAGUUUCCUGUCCUAGCCUUGCGGAUCAAACCGGAUUGCAUGCCGAGCUGAGCUCCUACUCUGAGCUCCUGGCCAAGUCGCAGCACGUGGCAAAGAUGGCCAUGCCCUUCGAUCGCAGCCACGGGCGGCGCCUGAGCCUGGGGCAGUUCGACGAGCUCCGGAGCAUCCUGCGGAAGCACCGGCGUACCCAGACCGGCGGGGGCGGCCCGGCCGCGUUCUCCCGCUACGCCGCCAGCCUCAAGCGGUGAGGGCGAGCCGCGGCGCGCGGUUGGUGUUCGCCCCAAAGGCUGAUGUGCCUGGGGUGCUUGGCUGGAAAACAAAAACGGCCCCACGGAAAACGUGGCAAGGAGUUGGUUUUGGCUCCCUGCAUACACACGUUGCCUGACCGCCUGGCAGCCUGACAGGCCGUUUUUGGUCGCG